CAAGGCGAUCGGUGUGGGAAACCACGUACAGCAAAGACGACCACAACAGUCCGAUUUGUUGGCUUUGAGUAUCGCUAUCGUAACAACCUCGGGCCCUCAUCACCAAAGGCUGGGGCUACUGAGCGACCAACAGAUUGACGGAUUGCUCGACAGAUUUCAUAGACAAAUAACGAAUUUUUUUUCUUUAUCACAGUAUUUGUUGUUUCUGAAUUUUGUAUCACCUACCAAUUUUGUCAAAUCUAAUUUUGGUCGCUGUAGGGUCGCUCAGUAAUCGCCGUCUUGUGGAAAGUGCACUAUACAACAUUACCUCCCAGCUAUAGAUCACUUUUUAGUAUAGAACAACCCUUUAAUUAACUUCGCGCAUGAUACCUUGAUAUUAUCAACAACAUUGUAAAAUGCGUGCAACCAGCACGACCGGAUGAUGAUUUGAGAAAGGAUUUAACUUUAAGUACGACCAUCGGUAAAGGGGAGGGGGGUCAUAACGCUGUUAAGUGUUACUGUUAGGGGAAAACCACGACGCUAAUAGCCUCCGUAACAGGCCUUCUGUUUGGCGUUUUUAUUUUGCAUAUCGUGUCUUCGUGUAUUUCUAGGGAUUUUCUAUAAUGACUAUUGUUCUAGGUUGUACACCAAACCACAGUAGCCACCAGAAAACCCAUAGCAAUCAGAAAAUAGCACACAUUAUCAGCCAAAUAAAUCCCCGGAAACGGGGACUAUUACACACGUAUGUCAUGACGUAUUUCCUCUUUGUCCACGGUUUACUUUCAUUUUCACGUAUAACGCGGCGUAAACAUUUGCGGGGCUAUUUUUUUGGACCGUGCUAAACACAAAGAAGGGUCUUACAAUCCACCUGACCAUGGUCAACAUGUAUUACCAGAUGCUUCGGGGCAAGACGAUGCCACAUCUCUACAUCCCGAGGCGGGAGAACAGGGCUAUGGUCAUCCCUGUGAAACAACAACCACCAGCGGAUGCAGGUCGCCGCCAGUUUUGUGUGGAGAUAGACGUGGGGUGGGCCUGUCUGGAUGACAUGGUCAUCGGUAAAGAUGAGGAAAAACGUGCCCCCAAGUAUCCACUCCGCUCAUCUUGGAGAAUCAGUGAGAUCCAGUCAAUCUUGUUCCGAAUCUUCGUCCCCACUGAAGAGAACAGCGACAUUGACCUACAAGGAGACAACAUCGAUUUUGUGCCGUUUCUGUGGUACAAGGACAACAACGGCUGCGAUGUCACCAUUCUGUCCACCCUGUGGUUCAACAACCAAGAAGGAGUGGACAACAUUGUCCUGGCGCCACUCGGACAGGGAGGGGUCGUGUUUGUGGACAUAGCAUACACCGUGACGAAGCGUGGACUAAAGCUUACCCUGGUGAUGGAGAUGGAGGUACAGAGAGAGAAAGCAGUCAAGGACAUCAUGAACAGCUUCCUGAAGAUGCCCAUGCUGCAGGAUAAUCAGAUGCAGAACGAUGACCAUAAUGAGCUGGACAGUAGUGGUUCACCCUCGGAGACAGCUACGUUGUCAAAGAAAUGUGCCAACUUACUAGCUGACAUUGAGAAAUGUAGCGACGACAACAGUCAGAUCGUUACACAGCAGCUGGACGAGCUCUCUAACAGUUGUGGAGAAGAUGCGGCCGGCCAGUACUGCCAGGCCCCGGGCGACAACCAGGAGACUCCGGCUGAUGCUAACGUUGGUGGUGAAGAGCAGAUGCCGGCUGACCUUGCAACUGAAAAGAGCCUUCCCGAACUAUCAAAAGAGGUCCAGUGCAUCAUGCAGAUUCUGAGGGAGCAGCAGCAGAUACGGGAUGAUUAUGAGCGAGAAACUGCGGAACUGAAGCAGAAGUUGGAGGUCCUUCACCACGAGGCAGCCAUGCUCAGCCUUCAGCAGCGACAGGCUCUGGAAACCAUCGCAAAGGAUGAACACGAUUCCGAGUUUUCAGAGGAGACAAAGGGAGAAACAAGCGGAGGAACGGUCGACCGUCAUUCUGCACAUACUCCACCCAUACAGGACUCCGAUGCGCAUAACUACAAAGAUCAGGAGAUGCUCGAGUUUGAGAACCAUCUACAGCGCAGGGCCCACAGAACAGCCUCACAAGUUGGGGUCCAUUGUCCCCAUCCAGUGGAAGCUUCAGGAGUCUGGAAGGGAAAACCGCCAUCUCCAGCAUUAAUCGAUACACCGUAUGUGAAGACGUUGAUCCACUACAAGCAGACCCGGAGCACCUUCAACAUACACCUGGGCCAUUGUCACACUUGCAACAAGACCAUCGAGGCCCUGCUCCACAGCUCCAAGUGCGGGGAGGACAGGUGCGCCACCUGCCUACAGAUCGCCCGGGAAGUGGCCCAGCAUAUCGCCAGGUGCACCCGUGGUACCCGGUGCCUCCUGCGCAUCUGCGCCGCGAAUGUCCCGCUGGGUCUGAAUGAGUAUGGCACUGUGCACGUGACGCCCGUGUUUGUGGGCCUCGUGCGCCUCUAUCUGUGGCGCACGUUCUGUCGUGGCUAGACGCUCUUAGGCGUAGGUCCCAUCUCCGAGACGGGGCCCUUUGUCAGGAUAUUGAAAUCGAUUUUACACCAAGAUUUCACCAACUUGAUAAAGUACUAGCAUUUAAAAAAAAGGAAUUUCUUUAGUAUCAAAUGCAUGAAAUUUGAAAACGCUAUCGAGCAUAAUGCUGAAACUGCUAUAGUAUAAUUACUAAACACAAUAUAACGUUUUGAGGCUUAAACACUUCAUUGGCUUUUAAUGAUUAUUUCAAUAUACUCUCCAAAAAGAGAUUGAGUCGUGUAGAUAUAUAGCAGUAGUCGGGAAAUUUGCAGUCGAGCUCCUCUUACCUCUGCUACAGAACGCACCCGACAGGAGCGCGACUGUAAAUUUCCAGACUACUGGUAUAUAUCUCCGCGACUCAACCUCUUCUUGGAGAGCAAUUUCAAUAUAUAUACCUAUCAACAAGUUAGCACUUAUAGGUACAUAGCACAAUAAGAAUGGACUGGUAGACCUCGCUUACCUGGUAUAUAAUAAUUGCGUUUAGGCUUAAGAUUAUGAUAUCUGCAUUUUUAAGUUUGAUGAAUUUAGUUUGUCGUGAAACGUUUGAUUCUGAAGUUUCAGUUUUCCGUGAAAAUAUUCCUGAUGGGCCAAAAUUUUAACUGGUUUAUAAAGUUAGCGUUUGCCGUGAUUUGAUAAAUUUUUAGAUUUCGCAAAAAGUAUUAAUUCGAUUUAUUGCUAAAUACACAGAAAUAGCAAAAUAUCUGACUUGAGCUAUAUUUGGGUUGCUGAUAUACAUUGCUUGUUUGAUUAAAUGCAUGUUUACAAAACUUGGGCACCUGGUUCAGU